AUGGCCUAUCCGGCCGAGCGCUCGCAUCUGCUGCAGCACACCAGCCGACUGGAGCGACAGGUUGCCGAGCUGCAGGCUCGCCUCAAAGCUAGUGAAAGCAGCAGUUCCCAUGACCCCGUGACAUCCCACCAUGGGGAAUUGUCGUCGGAUGUCGUUCUCUUAAGUCUGAAUGCCGCAGCCGAGCCAUCCUUUGUCGGCGCAACAUCGGGUCUGUCGCUGUCACGGCUUGUCGAGGGGAUCUUAGCCGAGUCGCGGCCGACAGAUCACCCCGCGCCCGAGGAUGCGGCCUGGGGAGCUGGCACGGCCGCUGGACCGUUGGUCGAUGCAGAGGAAAUGCUGCUCGACACAUUCUUCAACAGGGUGCAUCCUCGCUAUCCCUUUCUGGCGCAGAGGUCCUUCCAGCAGCCAGAAGAUGACCAGGACGCCUCGUACCUCUUCCAGCGGGACAUGGUCUGCGCCAUCGGCGCGAGGCUCGUCCAGCUGCAUCCUGAGCUUUAUCGAUCAGCGAGCCCAGAGGUAUAUUUUUCGCGCGCCAUGCUCCAGGUCGACAAGGCCUUGGCCCAGCAGAGCCUGCAGCGUGUCCAGGCCCUGCUCCUGAUUGCGACCUAUCUCUUACGAACGCCCACCAACCUGUCGAGUAUCGGGAGCUGGCACCUCAUCGGGCUCGCCGUCCGUCACGCCGUUGAAUUGGGCCUCCAUCGCAACCUGCGAGGCGCUCGGGCGAGGCAACUCAGCGCAGAAGACAUGGAGAUCCGCCACCGCGUCUUUUGGAGCGCAUAUCUGCUAGACCGUGCUGUGUCUCUGACGCUAGGGCGGCCGUUCGCGCUGGCCGACCACGAUAUUGAUGUACCAGUACGGCUCCUCCCCUUCUCGGUGUGA